UGUUUAUGCUCAGUCCAUAUCAAUAUGAUAUCUGCAUUUAUUCUCUCCGGGGAGCAGCAGAGGUGGGGGGCUCCCUCAAAUCGUCUUCCCUCCAUCUUUACCGCCAUCGGUCCCGUCAUCAUUUGAUUAGGAAGAUUACUUAGACACACGCACUUCAAGCAACCUCCUCUGCUGCUCCCUGACUCCUCAGGGUACUGUGGAGGAGGUGCUCCUUUCUUUCGUCUCUCACCAGAGCCCGACUGGUUAUUGAGCAUUAGGGACCAGCUCUGCCACUUGAUGAGACUCUCCUGUCGCUGCUGCUGCUGCUGCUGCUCUCCAUCGACACACAGGAACAAGACCGAGGUGAAGGAAAAGUUAAAAAGGUCGAGAGACCCAGCUUAAAUUUUUAAAGCUACUUGUUCAGUCUUUAUUUCACAUUUUGCUGUGCCAGCCCUUAGUAGAAGUUGGCAUGCCCUGGACCAGACCCCAGGUGGACCUUCCUGCUGGUUCAGCAGAGGCCAUGGACCAGUACAACACAGAAGACCACCACUACGAGGGCUCGCUGUUCCCGGCUUCCACCCUCAUCCCCGUCACUGUCAUCUGCAUUCUUAUUUUCAUCAUCGGGGUGACGGGUAACACCAUGACCAUCCUCAUCAUCCAGCAUUUCAAAGAUAUGAAGACCACCACCAACCUCUACCUGUCCAGCAUGGCUGUGUCUGACCUCAUCAUCUUCCUCUGCCUGCCCUUUGACCUGUACCGCCUGUGGAAGUACGUGCCCUGGCUGUUUGGAGAGGCGGUGUGCCGCUUCUAUCACUACAUCUUUGAGGGCUGCACCUCGGCCACCAUCCUCCACAUCACGGCUUUGAGCAUUGAGCGCUACAUGGCCAUCAGCUUCCCCCUCAAGAGCAAGGUGGUGGUGACCAGACGCAGGGUCCAGUACAUCAUCUUCGCCCUGUGGGGUUUCGCCCUGGUUUCUGCAGCUCCCACACUCUUCCUGGUUGGGGUGGAGUAUGACAAUGUCACACACCCUGACUACAAUACCGGGCAGUGCAAGCACACCGACUACGCCAUCAUCUCCGGGCAGCUGCACAUCAUGCUCUGGGUGUCCACCACCUACUUUUUCUGCCCCAUGCUCUGCCUCAUCUUCCUCUACGGCUCCAUCGGGUGCAAGCUGUGGAAGAGCAAAAAUGACCUGCAAGGCCCGUGUGCUUUGGCACGUGAACGGUCACACAGGCAAACAGUCAAGAUCCUGGUGGUGGUGGUGCUGGCCUUCAUCAUCUGCUGGCUGCCAUACCACAUCGGCAGGAACCUCUUCGCUCAGGUGGACGACUACGAAACGGCCAUGCUGAGCCAGAACUUCAACAUGGCCUCCAUGGUGCUCUGCUACCUCAGCGCCUCCAUCAACCCCGUCGUCUACAACCUCAUGUCACGGAAGUACAGGGCUGCAGCCAAGCGCCUCUUCCUGCUGCACCAGAGGCCGAGACAAGCCCACCGCAGCCAGAGACAGCUCUGCGUGAUCGACCACAUCUCCACCCUGAAUGAAAGCCUGACAGGUGUCUGAGCGGUGUCUCUGCAGCAGAGGCUUGUUUGGCUUCAUCACCGAAAGGAGAGAGAGUUUAAGUUCACGAGCUGCUGCUGACGAGGAAAGUUGUUGAAUGUGUGUAGAGGAGGAAUAUUUCUUCCAGUUUAUUUUUGAAGUGGAAAAGAGGGCUUGCACUAAAAUGCAAAAUCAGAUUUACUUCUACUCGGCGGCAUUUCGUUCACAGAUGCUGGAUGAAAGUUUCCAACCAUGUCAGAUUUAAACUCCAAGAGAAAAAAAAAGUCAUUUACAUGUUCCCGUUUUAGUGUCAUGACUCAUGUUUACCUCUACAUCGUGUGCUGCUGUUUGGAUGUUUUUCUCUGCUGCUUAUUGAACACAUGCACCGUUUCAGUCCACGGUUACACUGAUUAAUAAAUGAUCUCUCUUUGUUAAUGACAGAUGAUGUUUGCCACAUUUGAAAUGACCGCUCAUUUACAAUGUUUAAUUGUAGUCUCAGUUACAUUCUCCUGUAAGAUUGAAUUUGUUUAAUGUACGCUGGACAAUUGUUAUCAUACUGUUUGUUGGCUGCUCUCAUAAAUCAAGAAAAAAAAAAAAACCUAUUAGCUGUGGGCCAUUAGUUGUUCAGAAUUGAAAUGUGUAUUGGUGUGUGUGUGUGUUUGCAGGGCUGUUUACCAUCUCUCCUGUGAAUAGAUGGAACAUAAACUUGAUAAAAGCAAAUUACUAUGAAAAUAGGGUAGUUGUUGCCUGUGUGUGUGAUACAUAGGCCACCUGAGCCUUGAGGUUUCGGGUCUGCGUACGUGCCGGACAUCACAUGUAAUCUGACACAGCUAUUAUAUUACCUGGGCUCUGAGUUAGAUUUACGCUGGCAGCCAAUGUCCCUGCAUCACCAUAUUUAAAGUAAUGGCUGCUCUAAGUGCAUUUCAAAGAGGGAAAAAAGAUAUUAGGUUGUCAGCAGCGGCACUGCUUAUUGCUUUUAUUGCUUCCACUUGCAUAAUCUUGACACCACUGUCCAAUCCCUCUUUGAUGUUGGGUUUUGGAUUAGAAACUGUACACUUUUGUACCUCAUGCACUCUGGCAGAAGAAAGGUAACGUCAAAGUUAUGUAUUUUUAACCUGAGCAAUGUCUAAUCCCAAAAUAAAACCAGAG